AUGUCGUCGACGACCACCGACUGGUCGGUAGACCAUAUUAUUUCGCAAUCAGGAUGUUCAUCGCCUACAUCACCGUGCGCUCUAGUCAUUCUUAAUACCCCGCUUGAGCAUUUUCUUGUCAAGAAGAUAUGGCCGACCUGCCAAUGGCGAGCGUGCGCUGAUGGCGGCUCCAAUCGAUUAUUUGAUGCUUUGCAAGAAGAGGAAAGGAGUGCCUAUAUACCCGACCUUAUCAAAGGCGACCUCGAUUCCAUCAGACCGGACGUCAAAUCCUUCUAUGCAGCCAAGGGUGUACCCAUCGUGAAAGAUGCGGACCUAUACGCUACUGAUCUCAUCAAGUGUAUACUUGCGCUAAAAGAGCAUGAGCUGGCGUACGACCUUGUCAUCCUCGGCGGUCUAUCAGGUCGAUUAGACCAGACGAUUCACACCCUCAGCCAAUUACAUAAGCUGCGCCAUGAGAGACCGAGGACGUUUGUCGUGACCGAGGCAAACAUUGCAUGGGUACUGGACGCUGGUGAACAUCGCAUCCGUAUUGACAGAUCGCUGCUUGGCCCGACCUGCGGACUAUUGCCAGUUGGGGUUGGAUCGACCAUAUUGACGACCAAGGGAUUGAAGUGGAACCUUGGUUCGCCUGGUCUUGUUUCAACCUCCAACUGGGUGGAAGCUGCCGAGAUAUGGAUCAAGACGACAGAGCCAAUAUGGUGGUCCGUUGAGUUGAGAAGAUGA